UAGAAAUCAUUCAAAUGAUCGACUCUCCUUUCAAUUUCAGGAGGUGGCGUAACUUCAUCUUCUUGUGGCGCAGAAGCCACCCUGUAAUCACAUGCAGCCACUGUUAAGUGUUGAUUUACUGCAGAAAACAACAAAUCAUUUUGCCCACUACUCAACACCAGAAAGAUAGAAAGGUAAAUAUCUAUAAUCAAAAUUGCAGAAACAUCCAAACUUGUACAGGGCUUUCUGUCUCAUGAUGGUUCCUGGAACCAUAUCGUGUGAGUUUCUCUAUCUUCACUGUCACAGUGAAGAGGGAAGCACCACUGAACUUCUUUUUUCAGGUCUCAGUAUCUGGGGCUAAUUUCAAGAGAAAUGCAUAAAGAAGACGGGUAACAUUGAUACCAUCUUGCACCAACGAGGCUGCAGUGCAUAGGGUGACAUCUAAUACCCUUUUCUACUGAUGCAGACUUUCCCUUGCUGCAAUAUUGUAGAAUCACAUGUAAGGGAGAAAGUAAAAUCCAAUGGAAGCAUCCCAGACACCAUAUCGACCUAACAGCAUCAACACAUCUGCCUCAUCUCAUAACAUUGUAAGGUGUAAUGCAGAUGGACAUGCAAUUAAUCUCUUUCAGGGGCCUGGUUUCCCAGGCCGGAAGAAAAGAGGGCAUGGAAGCCGCUCUUGGAUAGAAAUCGAUCAGAAUGGGAACUCAAAGACCUUGGAGCUUGAUAAGGCAGCUCUUAUGAGAUAUUGUUCUUUGCCUGCUAGAGAUCUCCGCCUUUUGGACCCUUUAUUCAUUUAUCCUUCUACAAUAUUAGGCCGGGAGAAGGCUAUUGUGGUCAAUCUUGAACAAAUUAGGUGUAUAAUCACAGCUGAAGAGGUUAUCCUGAUGAAUUCCUUGGAUGGUUGUGUUGUUCAGUAUAAGUCAGAAUUGUGCAAACGUCUUCAAAAUAAUAAAGAUCAAGCUGAUGACUUGCCUUUUGAAUUUCGGGCACUGGAGCUGGCUUUGGAACUAACAUGCAUGUCUCUUGAUGCUCAGGUUAAAGAGCUGGAAAUGGAGAUAUAUCCCGUGCUAGAUGAACUAGCAUCAUCCAUUAGCACUCUUAAUCUAGAACGUGUUCGUAGAUUCAAAGGACACCUUCUUGCUCUUACUCAACGAGUUCAAAAGGUUCGUGAUGAAAUAGAACAUCUCAUGGAUGAUGAUGGUGACAUGGCUGAGAUGUACCUGACAGAAAAGAAACAGAGAAUGGAGGCUUAUCCCUGGAAUGACCUACAUUCACUGAGUAAUGUGUCAGGUGGGACCAGAGUGCUACCAGCAUCUGCACCCGUUUCACCGGUGGAGUCGAUCAGUGGAUCCCAGAGAUUGCAAAGGGCUUUUAGCACUAUAAUGAAUUCAAGCAAACAUGGAAGCUUUACGGGUUCAUCUAAUAAUGGGGAAAAUAUCGAACAACUUGAAAUGCUACUUGAAGCAUAUUUUGUUUUCAUUGACAAUACUCUCAACAAGCUGUUAUCGCUCAAGGAAUACAUUGAUGAUACUGAAGACUUGAUCAACAUUAAACUUGUAAGGAAUUGUUCAAAGACUAGAAAUUUUCCUUCCCUUUUCCAACUUUUCUUUGAACCACUCAAUGUAACAACAUAUAAAGAUAUCAUAUCUUUACUCUUUGAACAGGGCAAUGUUCAGAACCAGCUCAUACAAUUCGAGUUGCUUCUGACAGCAGCCACCUUCGUGGCCACAAUAUUUGCUGCAGUGACAGGAGUGUUUGGAAUGAACUUCACAGCCACAAUUUUUGAUUACCCGUCAGCAUUUAACUGGGUACUGGUUAUCACUGGAGUUAUCUGUGGCUUCUUAUACUUCUCUUUCUUGUUGUAUUUCCGGCACAAGAAAGUUUUUCCAUCAUAGCUUGCUGUGUAAAUAACUCCAUUUCAGAUUAUUACUGCCAUUAAAUGAUAAUUCUGAGCUUCUUAUCUUUGAA